AUGGCAGCAGGUUCAGGGGCCCGCAGGGUCAAGACGGCCCAUGUCAACAUGAUGACCGACAGCAUUAUUACGAAUAUGACGCCUGAGGGAAUGCGAGUCAUCAUGCGCUCAUUGUUGGCUUCUCAUCCAGAAAUCACGUCCACAUUCGAAGCAGAGACCAGGAGCUACAUCCAAGACGUGGCGCUGCCAAAAGUCCAGGCUCAGUCUACAAGUCUGGAUAUGUCAUCAUUGAAAGCGACGCAGAAGACAAUUCGGUGCAUGAUGGGAUGCGGUCUCAGUUAUGAGAGCAUCACCCUCAUGGGCAACUUGACUGUGCAGGGUGUCAACCUACUCCUCACCCAAGGGACGAGCACGGAAGACUUUCUAGCAUCCAUCGACGGAGAUGUCGUGCAGUUGAUAACUGCCAUUGAGAAGAUCCUUCUCUCAGCUGGGCGCUCCAGCCUUCUGGACGAUGAGCGGAAACUCCUGAACAGCCUGCACCAAGCACUUCUUGACUGCAAGGCGACAACAGGCGAGAAAAGCCUUGAUUAUCCCUAUACACGGGCAUUGACAGCCACUUGUAUCCUCCUGGGAGUCCCGAUCCCGGCCUCUGAUAACCUUAACACGCCAAACAACACCCUGCAGGUCGCUCCUCCCGAAGCCAAGGAGACCUUCGAGAUGAACGGGCGCAAACUUCCCAGGAUCUUCUCAGGCCUGUGGCAAAUGUCGAGUCCAUCGUGGGGUUCAGCGCCAACUUCGAAAAUCAUUGCCCAGUUCUCCCAAUACGUCAGCUCUGGAUUGGUUGCUUUUGACAUGGCUGACCACUACGGCGAUGCGGAGAUCGUCUUUGGACGUUUCAACGCUUCGUAUCCUGUCAAGGGAGCGACGUUCGCUGGUACCAAGUACUGCGUAUUCAAUCCUAUGACCGUCACACGUGAGGCUGUUCAGGCCAACGUCUCCGAGAGAUGCAGGCGAUUGCAGACGGACAAGAUUGACUUGCUGCAAUUUCACUGGCAAUUUUACGAGGACCCUCAAUACAUCGAUGCAUUACGGUUCUUGGCGGAAGAUCCACGAGUUGGUACUUUGGGUCUUUGUAACUUUGACACGCACCACAUGGAAAACAUUCUUUCUCAUGACAUCAAGAUUCAUUCAAAUCAGGUCCAGUUCUCUCUGAUUGAUUCCAGGCCAGUCGUGCGCAUGGCCGAGGUGUGUGAGAAGCACAAUGCAAAGCUUCUCACGUACGGCACUUUGUGUGGCGGUUUCCUUGCCGAGAAGUGGCUCGGUAAAGACGAACCUGAUCUUUACGCCGAGACGAUCACGCCAAGCCAACGCAAGUACUACGCCAUGAUCAAAAGCUGGGGUGGAUGGGAGCUCUUCCAAGAGCUUUUGCGUACGUUGAAAUCAGUGAGCUCCAAGCACGGCGUCAGUCUCUCUACGGUUGCGAUUCGCUGGGUCCUGGACUUCCCCUACGUCGGUGCCGUCGUUGUGGGUGCUCGUAUGGGUAUCAGUGAGCACGCGGACGAAAAUACGGCUGCACUCGGCUGGUCUCUGGAUGAUGAGGAUCGAGCCUCAAUUGAGCAGAUUUUGAAGAGAAGCAAGAGGAUUGAGAUGUUUGAGGACAUGGGCGAUUGCGGCGGAGAAUAUCGCUAG